GUAGAGAGAGGUGCUGAGUCGUCAGUCUGACUAAGCAUCAGCUUACACUUUUUUAUAUUACAUCACUUCAGAAAUUCGGAACUAGCAUGUCAAUUCCUAUCUUUUCCUCUUCGUUUAACGCCUAACGUCGGCUUGAAUCGCCCUUUUCCAGAACAUGUGGACGGAUGGAGUCCUCACUCACGCUACGGUUGGCUUGACCAGUGAAGAAAAUUUCACUUCUUUGUGUCCUAAUGGGUCUAAAUGGGUCUGGGACGGGCUUGGGGAAUGUGCUCAGGAUGCGAGGGACAUGGCCAGUGUUUACCUAGGCCUACUGUCCAUCCUCUGCUUCAUGGUGUCUUCACUUCCGCAGUACUACAGUUCAUGUAAAACAGGGAAUAUGGACAGCGCCCUGUCUAUUUGGUUUCUGCUGCUGUGGUUGGGAGGGGACUCCUGCAAUCUGGUGGGCUCCUUCUUGGCAGAUCAGCUUCCUCUCCAGACAUACACAGCAAUUUAUUAUGUUUUGGCUGACUUGGUGAUGCUGGGCAUGUACACGUACUACAAGUUACGAAACAAAAUUUCUGAAAGAAGGAGAGUUUUGCAUGUGGUGGGUGUAGUCUGCAUCCUGGGCUUCACCACAAGCUUGGCCCACCUCCCCGGCGUCAAUACCCAGCAGGAAACAAUUUCUUCAGGGUUCAGAAGUCGCUCGUUGCUCGCCACCUCUGAUGAUAUCAAGGCUUUUACCCCUAAAGAGAUUAUUGGUUUCUCCAUCGGGUCAGUGUCGUCAGUGCUCUACCUUUCUUCCAGACUUCCACAGAUGUACACUAAUUUCAAGAGGAAGUCCACUGAGGGAGUGUCUUACUUCCUUUUUGCACUUGUCAUUGUGGGAAACACUUUAUAUGGGAUGAGUGUCCUACUGAAGAACCCUGAGAGUGGCCAGGGUGAGAAGAGCUACCUGGUCCAUCACCUGCCCUGGCUCAUCGGCAGCCUCGGGACCCUCUCCUUGGACCUCAUUAUCUCAGUCCAGUUCCUCAUAUACCGCAACUCCCCGAUCCGACUGGACGUCGACACUGGAGACGAGUCAACGCCGCUGAUGGGGAACUAAACCAGCAGUGACUGCUACUGGUGGGACUCAAUGAAGCACCUCCAAAUCACGUCUCCAACACAACAUCAGGAUAUAAAAAAAAAAGUUUUAUGGUUUUAUUUAUUGUGCUCUUUUCCACUUCAAUGUUUACAAUUUUUCUGGAAAGCACAGAGAUGAAGUGAAGUUCUUUGGUUCAGCUGAUUUAUGGUGCUUUUAAUUUUAAGUUUUAAAGGGACAGUUUGUAGUUAUUUUUGUUGUUGUUUUUUUUCAAAUGUGGGGAGAAACUCUUCCUGUCUACCUGAACUCUAGAUAUAAAUGUAUGUACAGACUAGUGAGAGUUAUCAUUCCACACAGAGGUCCCUCUGAAUUUAUUCCCAUGGCUUUAAGUUGCCAAACUCUGAUCUCAUUACAGUGCCUGGGAUUUUGUCCUGUAACUCAAAUCAUUUGUGUUUUCAACACAUAAACAAUGUAUCUCAUCGGAAAUGAAAAAAGUUGUAUUUAGUCUCUUUUAAUUGAUGGUUUCACACAGUGCCAUAAUCAGCACAUUUUUUUUUUGCGUAUUUCUUUUUUUUUGUGCAUUUUAGGUAUCUUUUUAAUUGUCGUCUUAUUGUUUUAUUCUCAGUUUUUUACAGAGCAGAUUGACCAAUUUUUAUUGCACUGGUGAUAAAAGACACUCAGAUUCUCACAACUUGGUUUAAUUCACACGUUUUCAUCUUUGUUGUUUUGCACAUUUUGAUGCAAAGUUUUCUACUAUAGAAAUGUUAAAUAUAUGUGGUGGGUCAGUGUUCUGUGAAGAUUAAAGUGUUCUCUGGAAUAUCUCACUUA